ACCUCUCAGGUGAAACCAACGACCAUGUUGAAGCUGCUCGUCUUCCUCCUCGUGUUCUCCUCUGAAGGAUCCUCCUUAGAUCAAACCCACCAGAACCAGAACUGGAGAGAAACCCCGACCUUGCUCCAGAACCGGUACCUGAGCCUGCCCAUGUUCCUGGACUCGGACCUGCCCCUGGUCCACAGGGAGUACUUCUCCCCAGCCCGAGGUUCGGGUCAGGAGCCCCUCCCCGACCCGGUUCGGCAGCUGCUGCUCCCGGUUCGGACCGACACCCAGCCGUCCAGCAUGUCCGGAUCCACCGUCAGGACGUCGUGCGAGCAGAACCGAAUGCAGGUGCAGGUGGACCGGAAGGUUCUGGGCCUCGGUGACCCGGUGACCCACCUGAGACUGGGCUCCUGCCGAAUCAGCAGGUCCACUGAGGACUUCCUGUACUUCGAGCACGAGCUGCACAUGUGCGGAACCAAACGGAAGAUGGUUGAGAACCGGAUCGUUUACUUCAACGAGCUUCGCUACGACCCACCAGAACCCAAAGGGCCCAUCAGACGGACCGCGGCCUUCAGCCUGCCCGUGGCGUGCUACUUCAACCGGUUCGUGUACUCAUAUAAAAUCGGGUUCACUCCGAAGGUCCAGGUGCGUAAAGUCAUCAAGAAAAUGAAGAACGUCACGAAAUUUGUUCUGACGCCACGAAACGCCCAGUGGAAGGAGCUCUCUCGCUCCCAUCAUUUCGUCCUCGGUCAGCCCGUGUUCUUCCAGGCCGAGUCCAAUUUGUCCAACGACGACGAGAGACUUUACGUCCACUCGUGUUACGUGACUCCUGAGGAGUCCCACCUGUCCACGCCUCGGCACCCGGUCAUCGGAGACUUCGGGUGUUUGGUUGAGAGUAAGAACAGCCGAUCCAGGUUCUUCCCACACACAAACGGCGUCGUCAGGUUCUCCGUCGACGCGUUCCUCUUCAAAGGAUUGACGGGUCAGCGGCUCUUCAUGCACUGCUCCAUGUUCGUGGGCGGGCCGGUCCCGACGCUGACAGCCAAGUCCUGCAGCUACGACACCGGAACCAAAAGGUGGGUGGAGAUCUUUGGACCGGACUCGGUUUGUGAUUGUUGUGACUCCAGCUGCGGCGCCGAGGAACCCGCAGAAGAGGCUGAAGUCAUCAGCAGCACGUUCUGGACCGUAGACCGCCAGGCGAGGUCCAUGUCCCCGGACAGAAAGGACGAGGAGUCCUCAGCAAAGAAGACUGAGAGGACGUUUCUGAUGGGUGAGGGGAGGGGGGCGGAGCUACGCUGGCCCUUCAGAGAUGAAGAGGGGGCGUGGGCGGAGGAAGUUCUGAUGUGA